GCGAGGAGCCGUCGGCGGAGGACUGGCGGCAGGAGGAGCAGGAGGACUGGACGCGCGAGGACCGGCCGCCGGAGGUGCAGUACUACCUGCCGCCAGCUCGCUCCACCGUGGCCCCGCCCGCCGCGGAGCCGGCAGAGCCGGCGGCGGCGCAGUGGACGGCGCCGGCUGCCUCUGACUGGCUUCCCCUGCCGUCGCCACCGCACGCCGACCCGCUGGUGGCGCGACCGCCGGCCCUGGCGACACCCAUGGAACCGGCCCGGACCACGGCCGGGCCGGCGCCGGGGGCGCACAGUCAGGCCGGCGUCGCCACCGAGACGCCGGUCGCCGGUGAGACCACGGUCGACCUGCUCCUGGAGGGCGUGAUGGAGACCGUGUACACGGACGUCAUCUACCGGCCGGAGCAGGAGGCGGUGGUUACGCGACCGGCCGCCGCGACCACGACGGCGCGGACGACGACCACGACUACGCCCGGCCAGCCCGCCGGCGGAAACGACACCUGAUCCAUACACGACGUCGGCCUGCCGCGCCUCCGUCGAGAUCCGCUCGCCGUUCUACGCCAUGAACACGCAGCACAUCUGGAAGAUGCUCAUCAACAUGCCGCCCUUCGAGACCUACAUCCACAUGGAGCACUGCGUGGAGAAGUUCGAGCAGGGCAGAUGCGCGGCCGGCUGCCGAUGCACCCAGCGCUACACCGUCCGCACCAUGCCCGUCUACGAGCGCGACGCCAACGACUGCGAUCUCAUCUACAUGGAUAAGUUUCUGUUCCCCUCGCACUGCGACUGCAUGUGCCUGCCAACGCCGUACGUGCUGUUUAACAUCACCCGGCCGCCAGCGACGAGCCCGACACCCGACGUGCCACCGAGCUCCACCUUCGCGCCGCCGCGCACAGAUGGCGCUAGUGUGACCCCGGUGCCAGGGAUGUCUAGCGAUGGGGAAGCGAACUCUACUGUGCCGGAGACGAUAACAGAUGUCGACAGGAUCGAGGCGCUCAAGGCGAGCUUGUCUGGCGCGCGAGUGGUGACAGCCGCUCCCACGUCGCCGCCCUCGUCUCGCCGAGCGCCGGGCUUGAGACACCCGCCCACGGUGCCCUCCCGUCGUCCGAUCGUGCCUGCCGAGGCUCUGGUGACCACCCACCGGAACCGGAACCGCGGACCGCCGCCGUUCGGGCCCCCGUAUCCGCCGCUGCGCCGCUACUCGUCUCGGCCGUACUCGCCGGGCAGCGCGCCGCGUCGGGAUGGCCGCGCCGACCAGAUGCCGCCGGCGCUGCCCCGCUAGCCGGAGCACGAAGCUCGAGCGGGAGAGCGUAGAAACUGGGCGAUUGAUUGGGGAGGGGAGAACGGAAGCUUGGGUGGGGAAGAUGUGAGAGCGUAGAAAUGUGCAGAAGCUAAAGUGGAAGUAAGGUCAGAGAGAAAAGGGGCUAGCGGUGGGAAGCGGGAUGCAUGUAAGACGAGAAAUGCGCGCAAGAUGAAAUGAACAAUAGAAGGGGACCGGAGGAGACGAGCAGCCUCGUUGACCCGGAUGGCCCUAGUGUCAUCAACGCCGAAGCUGUGCCAAGUGUGCCUCUGUGAAGUGGGGGCCGGGGAGGGACAGGCCCGGGACUGGCCGUGCUCGCGACCCCGUCGGUGAGGUGGACGGGUCAGACGCGACCUCGCGCUGGAUCGUGUCAGGCAGGGUCAGGAGCGUGACAUGACCAUUUCAGGUCGCUUGUUCUGCGAAGGAGACGCGCCUGGAACCUUUUGGCAGAAUACUUCACGUAAGAAGCGAAGCGAUAGACGAACGUAGACUGUACUUGCCAUUGCUUCGUGGGACAAAUGAUAGCCGUCUGGAUGUACUCGGUCGUUUUUUUUUUUGUCCUACAGCGUGCACGUGGUAUUUCGUCGGUAGGUUAUUGUUUCAUCAAGGCGUACCUCAUCCACCUGAACCAGCAACGGUGACGCGUCGGUGUUUCCACGUCGGUUCUCGUAAGUCUGUCAUUAUGCACCACGCCAAAGCUAUUGACUGUCCAGCAGUUUGUUGCUUGUUACAGUUACGCGGAGCCGACGAGUCACGAACGUUACGCUGUUACGGACAUCACGCUGCUACGCAAGCCACACUCCGUGUCUGUCAUCUAUGGUUGCAUUGUCAUGUCAGGUUGUUACUCAUUGUUGUGCGUGAAUACACUAGCA